AUGCAUUGGAAAGGGUUGCGACUGGGCGCUUUCGACAGCAAUGAUUCCAAGCGACGCAGCUUCGUCGAGCCUCAGGCGUUGUCCCGUCGGAGCGAACAUUUGCCUCGUCCGACCCUCUCCACAACCAACCUGACAUCCAGACACUCGGAAUCGGCGCCCCGGUCCCCUCUUCUGACCGGUCCAGAGCACGAGGACGACCAUGGACCGGAGGAUCAUGACGCCGGAAACAACGAGACACCACGGUCGUCGCAGACGCCGAUAGGCAGCAUACACUCCAAGAAGAACCAUUUCGGUGCGGCGUUGGUGCCAGAUGAGGGUUCACAUUGGCGCAGAAAUCGGUUCAGUUUUAUGAGACUCCGUCAUGCAUCGGAUCCACAGCUGUCCAAGUCCUACGCCAAGGGAGAGGAUGUGCCUCCGGUACCUCCCUUGCCUCCGCCUCCCACCAUCAUCACAACCGCACCCACAAGCCAUGAACUCAAUGAGCCCGUCAAGAAGAAGCCCAAGUUUAAGAUCCUCGCCGGAGCCAAGAAGGGCCAUCCGGAAGGAGCCCCCAGCAGCACGAGCUCCCAGCAAAAUAGUCCCACGGUAAAGUCCCGCCAUGAACCCCAGGGUUCGGCGGGAUCCUAUACCACCGAUGCGACUCUGUCCACAUCGAAGAUGAGUGGGGAAGAACCGGGUCGUCUGUCGACUACGUCAAUCCGCAGCGGGGGCCGUGACCCGGGCACGGAAUCUCAGCGCUCCUCCGUUGCAGACGCCCGGUGCUCCGAAUCCUCCCGCUCAGAUCAGAGUUCCGGGGACCACGGAGGAUACCAUACCCAUUCUCCGCACGAGGGCGCCGGAUCCGAAACGAAGCGCUUUCGCAUGCCACGCCUGAAACGCAAUCGCGCUCCCCUAUUUCCCUUGCCGCCUCGCCCAACCGGUGCCUCGACGAUGAAUGGGCACGGCCAGGAUUCGCAAAUGUCCAGAGCCAUCCCAACCGAUCCGGGGACAAGCUUCGAUAUUCCCGAAGAGAGAGAUCAAGACCGCGUGUCGCCGCUUCCAUCCCCGUCUCGCUCGUCUGCCGCCCUUGCUUCUCCAGGCUUUCCGCUCCUGAGGAAUGACUCGGCCAACUCAGCCAAUUCUGCCCGGUCGACCCCGUCAAUUCGAAGUCGAACCCGACCAAAGACCCGGCCGCGCUCGUCGACGCUGGAUUCCCUGGCUAAUAUCCGGGAUGCCGGGCAACGAUCACCUCCGCCCCUCGUCUCUUCCGGACGAACGUCCACUUCCACGAGCGGACGCAAGAGCUUCGGCGAUAUCUUCAGCAUCUCGCAGCGACUCAGGCAGAAUUCGGAGCCGCCCAUCGUGCGGAACGGGUCUCCGGGUCUGCGAGGUUCAGACACUCCGGUUCGCAAGCUGUCCUAUCCCGAACGUGACGAGAACGACACGCCGGCAACCUAUUUGUCUCGCUUGGAAGAAACUAUUCCGAAGAGCGCGAUUGCUGGUGUGCUGUGCCAGUCGAAUGAGGAUUUCUACAAGACCGCGCUGCGAAGGUACAUGCGGCGAUUUAUAUUCUUCGGAGACCCUAUCGAUAUGGCCAUUCGAAAGCUCCUGAUGGGAGCCGAGCUGCCGAAAGAAACCCAGCAGAUUGAUCGCUUUCUGCAAAGCUUUGCUAAUCGCUAUCAUGAGUGCAAUCCGGGGAUCUUCGCUUCUCCUGACCAGGCCUAUUUCAUCGCCUUCUCGAUCUUGAUCUUACACACAGAUGUAUUCAACAAGAACAACAAGCGCAAGAUGCAGAAGCCAGACUACGUUCGCAAUACUCGUGGUGAAGGCAUAUCGGACGACAUUCUGGAAUGCAUCUACGAAAACAUCGCUUAUACCCCUUUUAUUCACAUCGAAGACACACCCCCCAACGGUCGCCAGCUUGCAAAGCCUCGGCGACCCUUGUUCAAGACAGCUAGUUCGGAGCAUCUAGCUCGCGUCGCCAGGGAACCGGUGGAUCCGUACACUCUCAUCAUGGACGGAAAGCUCGAGUCCUUGCGGCCAAGUCUCAAAGACGUGAUGAACCUGGAAGACCCUUAUCAGUUCCAAGGGCCAAUGGGUUUACCUGAUAUCGACAACCUGCAUCGGGCAUUCACUAAAUCCGGCAUCCUGCAGAUUGUGUCCCCCCGGUCACGUCCCGAUGCAUUCAUGCCAUCCAGCAUUGAUAAUCCGGCCGCCGAUUCGAAUCCCGGUCUGGUGGACAUCAAGGUGGCCAAGGUCGGCCUUCUCUGGCGGAAAGAUCCAAAGAAGAAGAGGGCCCGAUCUCCGUGGCAGGAGUGGGGUGCCUUGCUUACGCUCUCUCAACUGUACUUCUUCAGAGAUAUCAAUUGGAUCAAAGCCCUGAUGGCUCAGCAUGACGCUCAUCAGAAGGAGGGACGCCGUCGCGCGGUAAUUUUCAAACCGCCCCUCACCGAGUUCAAGCCUGAUUGCAUGAUGUCCACCGAAGAUGCCGUGGCACUAGUGGACUCGAGUUAUAAAAAGCACAAGAACGCCUUUCUCUUCGUCCGCCAUAAUGCCUUGGAAGAGGUGUUCUUGGCCAACUCCGAAGAUGAGAUGAACGACUGGCUGGCCAAAAUCAAUUACGCGGCCACCUUCCGGACGAACGGCGUUCGCGCUCAAGGCAUGAUAGUCACUAACUACGAUGCUCAGCGCAAUCGAAUGAGCCGCAAAGCCUCUGUGACGUCCGGCAGCUCUCACCUUUCUACCGACCGGGAGCCUCCCUCCCCCAAUCCGGACACCGCCGUGGCUGCGGAGUUGGUCAUGGCUCGUAGAGAGCUCAUGCGACAGAAGGUCCGCGAAGCGAACGAGAAGCUCGUUGUGAGCCAAAAGCAGCUGGACGACCUCCUGCGGAAUGCGAGACACCUGCAGGUCUUGACACCGGUGACCUCGAGGGCUCGAGAACAGGUCAUCAUGGCUGCAGGGCGCAUGGCUGCCAAACUCAAAUGGGUCAGACAAGAUCUCUGGCGGUACAAGUGCUACCGAGAGGUGCUCCUCCGUGAUCUCGGUGAGCGGGACGAAGAAGCGAAAUCUCUCGCGGAGCAGAGAUCCCUUCACCUUUCGAUACCCGCUCGCAACCCAUCUAUCUCCGAAACGGGAACUCCAUCCCAGCCGCUGGUGGAUGAGAUGCCAUCCCCCACUCACGUCACUUCUCCACAGCUUCCGGCUGACGAGCCCUCAUCUGUUCAUCGUGUCCCGUCAUCGCAGGCUCUUUCUGCCGAUAUUCGGAGACCAAGCAUGCCGAUCUCAGUGACCUCCUCAGACCUCACAGGGCGCGUCGGACGGCGCUUUUCCGUGGACACUCUCAAGGACCGCGCACAGUCGCAUUCCCCUCGUCCGGCAAACCGUCUCCAGCGCGAGCCCUCUGUACUCAGCGCGGCUAGCAAGAUGGAUGUCUCCAGUCUUGGCUCCCGGACCUCCAAGCUACCCUCGCCCAUUAGCAUCGACGAUAAUGAGGAGCGUCUUCUUCGCGACACCGGGCUGCUAGGGCUGAACACCUCCCCGCUUGCGCGCCGAACCUCGGUCGCAACUCAUGACAAAGAUGGUGAACAGGAGGAGGAUGUCGUGGAAUCCGGUCAAGGUGAACACAUGAAUCGAGUACGCCGCAGCUUCCACCGGACGCUCCGCGAUUCUCACCAAGGACAUCAUCUUCCACGGGGCAAGAAACCGCGGGACUCAAUUUCCAGCAUGGCGGCAGCUGAGGACGAUCAAGACAACAAGGAGGGCGAAGGUCUGUCUCGGAAGACACCGAGUUUCACCGUCCACGGAAAGAAGGCGUCGAUUGUGACGUUCGGGUCCGAGUGGCAGAACAUGACCCCGGAAGAACGCCUCAAGCUGCGCAAACCUACACCGUCCGAAGAGCCCCGGGCGUCUGAGCCGGCGAUCUUCAGCAGUGGGGAGUCGAUAGUCUCGGACCCGUCGAAUGCGGCGAAACCACCAUCGUUGCGGAGCGCAAGCAUUACCACAGGCCUAAGCUCGCGUGGUCUUACAGACAGCGACGGCCCCCCGGAUAUGACUGGCCCAGUUGAUGCCGAAGACCGGAAGUCCAAGAGUGAGAAUGUUCUUGAUCUCGGCUCUCAUAUUCCGCCAGUGGACAUCGCCACAUUAGCUGCGUCUUCCACCGAAGCGGUUGCAGGGUCGUCCACUGUCCCCUUAGAUCAACGGUCAUCUUAUUCGGCACCGGUCAACGAUGCCGCCGUGAAGGACAACUCACCGCAGAAAAUCCAGUCUAGCUCACCCGAGCAGGCUGUGAACGCCUAA